AUGCGCACGCUACAAAAGAUCACUUACGCACUCCCCCGGGCAACCGCCCCCUCCAACCCAGGCCUCUUCGGCACCGACUGGUCCUCGCACUUCACCCGCCCCGACGACCCGCAGCACCGCGACCACCACACGCGCGCCUCCUCCAACAGCACGCAGAUCUACCACGGCCAGGCCCGCCCCUCCCACCGCCGCGGCAUCCACUCCGUGGGCCAGGACCGCGUCACCACCACCCCGACUCCCCCAGGCCACAUCGCUCCCAACCCCAGCCCCUACCCCAAUUCUGGUCCCGCCACGGGCGCCGGCACGGGCGUGUUCGUGUCGGCGCAGAUGUUCGGCACCGAGGUCAAGGGCAACCCAACCGAGAGCGAGGCGGACGUGGCAGCCGAUCGGUCGGACUUGGACCCCCUGCCGCCGGGCCUGCACCAUACGAUCCGGUUGGGGGCGGGGGACGCGGCGCCGCUGCCGACGGAGAGCGAGGCGGAUGUGGUGGCCGAUCGGGGGGCGGCAGAUGCGGAUGCGGAGCCGUUAUGGGCGGGGGAGAAGAAGAGGGUGCGUUGA